CCGGAGCUGUCUGACAGACCAUCAGUCAUGACCCUGCUUCUCAUUACUUUCCUGCUGGUCUCAGGUGUGUGUAGUCUCUCCUACUCCGUGCCACGUCAGUUCCAUGUGGUGAAGGAACAGAAGAACUGGACAGAAGCUCAGCAGUACUGCAGAGAGGAGUUCACUGACCUCGCCACCAUAAACGACAUGACAGAGAAUGAGAAGGUGAAGAGCAUGAUCCAUGAUGGAGGUGUCAGUCAGGCUUGGAUUGGACUGAAGCAGGGAAGCAGUCCCAAGUGGCAGUGGUCUUUGGCCGACAGGGAUUUCUACAGAGAGAAUGAAACAGAGUUCAGGAACUGGGGUAAAAACCAACCAGAUGAGGGUGAUGAAUAUUGUGUUGUUCAGGAUCAGCAUCGAGGGACAUGGUAUGAUUACCUAUUGCAGAGAAACGUUCCCCUUCAUCUGUUACAAUGGGGGAGACUCCACACAGCCCUAUGUGCUGGUUACUGAGAAGAAGAACUGGACAGAUGCUCAGAGAUACUGCAGAGAGAAACACACAGACCUGGCCAGUGUGAGGAAUCAGGCAGAGAACGACCAGAUAGACAAUGUUAGAGGAGGAGGAUAUAACCAUGCUUGGAUUGGCCUGUUCAGAGAUGCCUGGGAGUGGUCAGAUGGCAGCAGCUCCUCAUUCCGCCUCUGGGACUUUGGAGAACCCAAAUAUGACGGGAUAAAAAACUGUGCUCAGGUCCAUACCAACGGCUGGUGGAACAAGCUAGAAUGUUCUGACCCUGGAGCCUUCAUCUGCUAUAAAGCCCCCAAACAGGUGAAGAGGCAGAUGGUGAAAGUGGAGCUUCAGACGGACUCUCAGGUGAACGUGGAUGACCCUGUAAUGCAGGAUGCCUUCCUACAGCAGAUUCAGCAGAGACUGAGGGAGAGGGGAAUGCCAGCAGACACCAAACUGACCUGGAUGAGACAACCAGAUGGAAAGAUCUUCCAAGAGAAGACGACUGAGAAGAUAAAAGAGAGAGAUGAGAUUUAAAACACAUUCUGCUGUUUUUCACAUGUAGAUGUGAAAAUAGAUGAGAUGUAAAUUCUAAUUGCACAUACAGCACAGUAAACUGAGUGGUAAGCGUGUCUUGUUCUUUCUAAAAUCGCUUGUCUGUUUGACUCCCCUCAUAAAAUCUGUAACACUGUCUUUUGUUUCAGUUCCUUUCUGUCUGGUUAUAUUUGCUGAGGAGUUUAUUCAUAUCAUAUCCUACUGCAACUUCAUAGUCCACCAUACCAUAGUGACACCUCAGACAACAUAAAAACGCUUUUACACAUGUACUAUUAAUGACAACUAGUUGUAACCUUUCGUAUUGUGGUGUUUGAAACCUAUGUGUUAUUUUUAUACGUCAUACGUUUCUAGAAGUUGAUUAUGACAGACUGAUUGUGCAGUGUUCUAUGUUUGAUUGAAUUAUUAAUUGUUUUAAUUAUAACU